AACUGUGGCUGCAGAAGUCAGGAAGCAGAUCUCGGGGCAGUAUGGAGGCUCUCCCCAGCUUCUCAAAAACCUCAAUAUUGGAGGCAGUGUCUCUCAUCAUACCACUGUGCCUCUUACAGAAGCAGUGGACCCAGUUGACCUGGAGGACUACCUUAAUACCCAUCCUCUUGCUGUGGAGUCUGGGCCCCUGAGGGACCUGCUGGAGUUUCCCCCCGAUGACAUCGAGGUGGUGUACACACCCCGGGAGUGCCGGACGCUCGUGUCGGCCGUGCCUGAAGAGAGUGAGAUGGAUCCUCAUGUGAGGGACUGUGUCAGAAGUUACACGGAAGACUGGGCGAUUGUGAACAGAAAAUAUCACAAGCUGGGAACUGGAUUCAAUCCCAACACCUUAGACAAACAGAAGGAGAGGCAAAAGGGGCUCCCAAAACAGAUCUUUGAGUCUGAUGAAGUUCCGGAUGGCAACAGUUACCAGGAUGAACAAGAUGACCUUAAGCGACGCUCAAUGUCAAUCGACGACACUCCCCGGGGCAGCUGGGCAUGCAGCAUUUUUGAUCUGAAGAACUCCCUGCCAGAUGCCCUUCUCCCAAACCUACUGGACAGAACCCCAAAUGAGGAGAUUGACCACCACAACGAGGACCAGAGGAAGUCCAGUAGGCACAAGGAGCUUUUUGCACUACAUCCUGCACCAGAUGAGGAGGAGCCUAUAGAGCGACUUAGUGUCCCAGAAGUACCCAAAGAACACUUUGGCCAAAGACUGUUGGUGAAGUGUUUGUCCCUUAAAUUUGAAAUAGAAAUUGAGCCCAUUUUUGCGAGUUUGGCUUUGUAUGAUGUUAAAGAAAAGAAAAAG